AACAGCCAUUCCAGUGAAGUCUUUCGUCGUAGGUGGUUGGAGCGGGAAAGCUGUUAGAGACGCUGUGCUUGGGAAUUCGCAAAGUUACAUCCAGCUUCAACAUUAAGAUUUGGAGGGCGGACAAAGUGAAGUGAGUGCUGUCGGUAAUAAGUUUUGAAGUUGUUUGUGCCUUGUCAUGGCAACAGAAGCUCAAAGACUAAUCAGCAUUUCGCUGACGAAGAUUGCACAGUCGAGAGCGCAGCGUGGGGGAGUUAGCCUACACAAAAAUUUGCUUGUUGCGACUGUCCUGCAGAAGGCUCGUUACGUCUUCAUGGAGGAGGCGUAUCACAUGGUGCAUUCAACAGGCGGUAUUUACACGGCUACGGUUUCGAGUGCCCAGCAGCAGAAUCAAGCAAGUUACGAGCAAAAUUACGACGACGACAGCAGUCAGGUGAGUCUGUCACCAGAAGCUACUACAGACCACAUCCAUUCAGAAGACAGCGAAGGAUCGUCGAGUGACAGCCCUCUGCAAGAGUUCCUUGACCAGUCGUGCAUACGUUGCACGGAUUCGGCAGCGGCGUCGAGUGAAGAGGAUAACAAGGAGAACCACGCGCCUUCUCAUUGUCAGAACCCAGUGUCAUCACAUACUGUUACAGAUUCUCCCACGUAUUUCGAUUUAGACAAUACAUCUCGCAGUGAAGACAACAAAGUGUUCAGGGACAGAUCUAAUAAUGCGUCACAACCCUCUUCCAGUAGGUGCCUUAAGAGGAGACGGGCCGUAGCUGAGUGGGAAACGGAAGAGGCGGUGUCUUCAAUUUUGCCCAAGAAAGCGAAGACAACGGAGUGCAGUGACACCGAGGGUGACGACUCGGUCUUCAUAGACGAUGCGGUCUUGUUCACGGAGUGCGGUGUGAGUGACGCGGACAGUGAUGAUGCAGAAGAUACCGCGCGCACAACUAUGGAAAUUGACACAAUCACGAGUUUGGUGUCAAUCUUCAGUUUUGGUGGACUGGCGGCGAGUGACAUGUCAGCUGCAGGCGGUGUUGCUAAGUUGACGAGGUCUAUGUCAACCCCAGAUCUGUGUUCGGCGCAAGCAAAGGAAGGAGUAGAUGUUCUUCAGCAGAGGCCUUUCCUGGCGAUGACGGUGUGAUGCAGCCACGGUCAUCUGUUUGCUGGUUCGAGGUCCGGCAGAAAGUGUAGAUUCGACCACUUAAUGGAAAGUAACAUACGAAGAUACAAUCUGUGUAUCGGUAAGUCCAAGGAACCAUACGGU